AACAAGCAAAGAAACGAAGCAAAGCGAAGAGCAACAAGACACCAUUGAAGUACCAACAGACAACAUGCACGCUCACAAGCUCCUCUUGAUCGUCAUUGCCGCCACGGCAUGCAAUGCCGCCGCGAUCAUACGAGCUCGUGCACCAGUGGCUGCAGCCAUUGCUCACGACAACGACAACGAGAACGUCAAGCGUGUUGGUGGCCAGCCAGCGGGAAAUCUCGAAACUCGCCAAUACUACGUGCCUUCUACUCAGAAUGAAUACAUCAGCACCGGUCCCAACAUUGAAGAGGUCGCGGAGAAAGCUGCGCCGGUGGACCACAGAGCUUGAGAGAUCGAUGGAGCCGAGGGGAAAAAAAGCCCAAAUGGUGGGUUGUUUUCUUUUGGUUUGGAGGGAGAGUCUUAACAGAUUUGCUGAAAAUGUGCUCUUCAUGCUUGUUCGUAGGCAGCGAAAGUAGAGUAUACAGUAACGGCCA